AGCGGGCGUCAGCUCCUCACAGCCACAGCUGAGGCCAUGGUACAGCCUCAGACAUCUUCAGUGCCAACUUCUGGGCGCUGACCUACUGGGGAGACACCGCAUAUUGACAGUCGGUCCUUUAUACGCUCAUCUGCCCUCUUGUCUACUUUGGCUCGCCUUUCUUCCCGCGUGCGUCUCUCUGGCAGGGUCGCUUGUUUGUUGAACCAGCGGACCUCCGCUCUAAUACAACCACCUGCAUUUGACAGCGCUGCCAAUCCUCCACCACACGUUGUACAUGUACCAAAGCAUCCCACUUGCACCUGUGCAUCACUCGGACGUUUUCGGGAGUGUCUGCAUGUGGUAGUGCGCCAUGGACGACUGGACAUCGAAACAGCUCCCUGAGCGCCUCCCCUUCUCCAAGAAGCGACUCCCCAAGAAGGUCAUCUUCUCAUACAUCGGCGACUAUCUAAUCAUAGUUGUUCUCAUCGUUCUAUUCACCAUCAUCGACAAGAUCCCGCCGUUUCACCAGCACUUUUCGCUCGAGAACUAUACCCUCCACUAUCCAUUUGCCGAACAUGAGCGCGUACCCGUCUUCUGGCUGUGUGUCUACGUUGUUUUGGCACCAGCCGUCAUCAUCGGAAUAUACACAAUGGUCAUAGAUGGGUUAUUCUCACAUCAGACCGCGAUGCCUGUGGGCCGUGCUGGCAUCAAGCGCUUGUCCGGGAGAUAUAGAUUCAAGGAUAGGUUGUGGGAGCUCAACUGCGGUAUCCUAGGCUUGGGUUUGAGUGUGGGCGCCGCAUUCACCAUCACGGGAGCUCUGAAGAAUGCCAUUGGGAAGCCGCGACCGGAUCUCAUCAGCCGUUGCAUCAUCGAUGCUGCCAAGAUUGACACUACGACAAAGUAUACCCUCCAAACCAUCAAUAUUUGCACGCAAACGGACAACUAUAUCCUGCAAGACGGGUUCAAGAGUUUUCCCUCUGGCCACAGUAGUGUCUCAUUCGCUGGCUUGUUUUACCUCUCAAUCUAUCUCGCGGGAAAGCUCCAUGUUCUAGACGCGAAAGGUGAAGUAUGGAGGACGUUCCUGGUAAUGGUCCCCGCGCUCGGCGCUGCUCUCAUCACAGGCACGCGCAUCAUGGAUGCCCGUCACCACCCUUUUGAUGUUCUCUCUGGCGCCGCGCUUGGUAUCUUGGUUUCCUGGGGUUCUUAUCGACAAUACUUUCCGCCAGUUUCGGAGACAUGGCGUAAAGGACGGGCAUAUCCUAUUCGAGCCUGGGGCAAAGCGUCACGCGUACCUCCAAACCCCACCAUUAUGAUCGAUGAAGAUGUGCAACCGCUACGACCUGUGGUCAAGCCAGUUGACGAGGAACGCGGCGAGGCGUCUGGAUACUCGUCAACCACCGCAAUUCCCAGAGACAACGGCGAACAGGGGAAUGUCUUCCGCCAGCAGAUUUCGGACUCACAACGAAGGAGGGGCGGUCCUCCCCAAUAUGGAGUAAAUCGCAGCGACACGGGUGCGUCGAGCAACUACAGAAGCGAGACCCUAAAUUCGACGAUGUCAUCAAAGGUCCACAAGUACCAGAACCAAAUGCCAUCGCCGAACCCUUUCGCCGCUGACGCCGCGCGCCAACGCCAAAUGGACACGUACGAUUACUCGUCUUCGGAAGAUGAGGAUAAUUAUGAGCUUCAGCAGUCAUACGCAUUGUCGGUUCCCCAGAAUACAAACGCCUAUAACCCGGUUUCCGGUCGGUUCACAGAUACUGGAUAUCAUCCUCCCGUGGGCAUCACACCCAACCCUACGCCUCCACCACCGCUAAAUACCAUUAUCCCGAAUCAGCAAACGACGAUGUCGCCAACGGGAGAUUUGAGUGACAGGAGGGGGGAUGCGCCAGCGCCUCCACCACACACUGUGGGGACUACCCCUCAGCAAAUAUGAGUGAAGUUGGGGCGCACCCACAUCAAGGGAUAAUUACACUUGCAUUCAUUCGUCCGUGAUUUUGGUUGCUCAAGCGCAUACACGCGCGUCUACGGCCUUUUUUCAGCGAUUCAGUGUACCUAAGCAUUGGUAUUUGUAUGACCAGCUAUAGCGCUGUUAUGUCUGUGAUGAUGCUCACGCAAAUUGGGCUCUAGCAAGC